CAAAGCAUUGAAUUGCACUACAUUGCAUCAAGAGCUUCUUUUCUCUUGCAAACACAAUGGCUGGUGUUGUCAUAAUUUUCGACUUUGACAAGACUAUUAUUGAUUGUGACAGCGAUAAUUGGGUUAUUGAUGAUCUUGGAGCCACCAAAACCUUCGAUGAACUUCUGAAAACUAUGCCAUGGAACACUGCCAUAGAUUUGAUGAUGAAAGAGCUGCAUUCACAAGGAAAAUCAAUUGAGGAUAUAUCAAAUAGCCUGAAAAGUGCUCCAAUUUAUGCAAACAAUAUCAGCACAAUCAAAUCAGCUUAUGCUCUUGGAUGUGAGUUGAAGAUAUUAAGUGAUGCCAACCUCUUCUUCAUAGAGACAAUCCUCAAACAUCAUGAACUUAUGGGCUAUUUCUCUAAGAUUAUCACAAAUCCUGGCUUUGUUGAUGAGGAAGGAAAGCUUAGGAUUUCUCCUUACCAUGAUUUCAAUAUCUCUUCUCAUGGAUGCAACCUUUGCCCUCCAAAUAUGUGCAAGGGUAUAAUCAUGGAGAAAAUCCGAGCAUCCUACUUAUCCAAAGGAAAGAAGAAAUUCAUAUACCUUGGCGAUGGAAAAGGAGACUACUGCCCAUGUCUUAAGCUUAGUGAAGAAGACUAUGUGAUGCCGAGAAAGAACUUUCCCUUAUAUGAUCUCAUUUGUGCCGAUACAAAGGCAUUGAGAGCUGAAGUACAUGAAUGGAGCAACGCUGAAGAUCAAGAAAAAGUACUACUUAAGCUAAUACAAAAGCUGAGGUCCAUUGAUCAUGAAGAAGAAACCAACCAGGUUUUUUCGAUGGAUUGCAAGUUUCAUAUUAUUCCAGUAUCUGGUCAUGAGAUUCUUCCUCAGGCUCUCCCAGUGCCUCAUUAGAUUGGGUGUAUAAGAUUGAUACUGAAAUGUAUUGGGACUAAGAGCCAUAUUAACUUGGUCCCUUGAUUUAUCUAUUUGGCUCUCUCUUUGGGAAUAUAUAAAAUAAGCUGAUUUUAUCAUUUAAA